GAAGGUAGUGGUAGUGUGGUGUACUGGAAGCAAGGGUUUCCUUUAGGCUUGCUUGCUUACGUUUGGUAGGAACAUUCUACCCAUAUAUCUGUUAAGUUUGGCGCGUAAUUAACAAGCGUUAAACAAUCUUGCCUAAUAAUAUUUUUUCCGCAUGUUAAUGUUGCAAAUUAUCUGGCGAGGUGAACGUAACCUUGUCUGAAAAGCAUCUUCUAACAUAAUUGGAAUACGAAAUUACGAUGCCAUCCCCGAUGGAGGGAUCUUCCAGAGAAAGUGACCACUUUACCGUGAAACAUGAGCUGAAAAAUGCCAACCUGACGGGCCAUGUGGAGAGAGUGGGCAUUGAAAACUUCGAACUAUUGAAGGUGCUGGGCACAGGAGCUUAUGGCAAGGUGUUCCUGGUAAGGAAAGUGAGUGGUCAUGAUGCAGGAAAGCUGUAUGCCAUGAAGGUUUUGAAGAAGGCCACUAUUGUACAGAAGGCAAAGACUGCUGAACACACACGCUCAGAGCGUCAAGUGCUGGAGCACAUCCGCCAGUCUCCGUUCCUCGUCACACUUCACUAUGCCUUCCAGACGGAUACCAAGCUGCACCUGAUUCUCGAUUAUGUAAAUGGUGGGGAGCUCUUCACACAUUUGGUGCAGAGGGUGCGAUUUAAGGAACAAGAAGUCUCCUUGUACAGUGGCGAGAUUGUGUUGGCACUAGAACAUCUGCAUAAGCUUGGGAUUGUCUAUCGGGACCUGAAACUUGAGAAUAUUCUGCUGGAUUCAAGUGGGCAUAUAGUUCUCACAGACUUUGGUCUCAGUAAAGAAUUUGAUCAGGUGGAAAGGGCGUUUUCUGUCUGUGGCACCAUUGAAUACAUGGCUCCAGAAAUUGUGGAAGGUGGAGAGUCUGGACAUGACAAGGCGGUGGACUGGUGGAGCCUCGGCGUGUUGAUGUACGAGCUUUUGACUGGCGGAUCGCCCUUCACCGUUGAUGGAGAUGAGAACUCGCACACAGACAUUGCCAAGAGGAUUUCAAAAAAGGAUCCUCCUUUCCCCAAAGAUAUGGGACCUUUGGCCAAAGACCUUAUCCAGGGACUCCUUAUCAAAGAUCCAAAGAAAAGAUUGGGCUCAGGUCCUAAUGGUGCAGAGAAUGUGAAAAAACACCCGUUUUACCAGAAAAUAAACUGGGAGGACUUGGCAGCUAAGAAGGUGCCUGCCCCGUUCAAGCCGGUGAUCCGGGAUGAGCUAGAUGUCAGCAACUUUGCAGACGAGUUCACAGAGAUGGACCCCACCUACUCUCCUGCAGCUCUGCCUCAGAACUGUGACCGCAUCUUCCAGGGCUACUCUUUCAUGGCUCCCUCCAUCCUGUUCAAGAGGAAUGUGGUGAUGGACGACUCUGUCCAGCUGUGUGGUGGCUCUGAGAGGCCAGGCUCUGCUGCGGUGGCCCGCAGCGCCAUGAUCAAGGACUCACCUUUCUAUAUGAGUUAUGAGAUGGACCUGAAGGACAGUGCUUUAGGGGAGGGGAGCUUUUCCAUCUGCAGACGGUGCACACACAAGAAGACCGGACAGAAAUACGCAGUCAAGAUUGUCAGCAAAAGGAUGGAGGCACAGACUCAGCGGGAAGUAGCAGCCCUGAAGCUCUGCGAUGGCCACCCUAACAUUGUCAAGUUACAUGAAAUUUACCACGACCAGCUCCACACGUACCUGGUUCUGGAGCUGCUUGGUGGAGGGGAGCUACUGGAGAGGAUCCGCAGAAAGCAACAUUUCAGCGAAACGGAGGCCAGCCGCAUCAUGCGAAAACUGGUGUCAGCCGUCAGUCACAUGCACGACGUAGGAGUGGUGCAUAGGGACCUUAAACCGGAGAACCUGCUCUUCACAGACGAGAGUGAGAACUCUGAGAUAAAAAUCAUAGACUUUGGCUUUGCUCGCCUCAAACCACCAGACAAUCAGCUCCUGAAGACUCCCUGCUUCACCCUGCACUACGCAGCACCAGAGAUACUCAAGUAUGACGGCUACGAUGAGUCCUGUGACCUGUGGAGUCUGGGAGUUAUUCUGUACACCAUGCUGUCUGGCCAGGUGCCUUUUCAGUGUCAGGAGAAGAGCCUGACCCAUACCAGUGCUGAGGAAAUUAUGAAGAAAAUCAAACAGGGGGACUUCUCUUUUGAAGGCGAGGCCUGGAGAAAUGUGUCUCAGCAGGCCAAGGACCUGAUACAAGAGCUGCUGACCGUGGACCCAAACAAGAGGAUUAAGAUGUGCGGCCUACGUUACAAUGCCUGGCUCCAGGACGACAGCCAGCUGUCCUCCAACCCACUCAUGACCCCGGACAUUCUUGGCUCCUCUACUGCCUCCGUCCACACUUACGUCAAAGCUACCUUUCACGCAUUUAACAAAUGUAAGCGGGAAGGUUUCCGACUACAGACGGUGGACAAAGCGCCACUAGCCAAGAGGAGGAAGAUGAAGAAAACAAGUACCAGCACAGAGACCCGCAGCAGUUCCGGUGAGAGCACUCAUUCCUCGUCCUCCUCCUCCCAAUCUCAGGAGAAGACUUUUCCAGAGGGCAACACCAAGCUGCAGACCUCCAACAACACGCCUCUCGUCACGCCCGUCAACACACCCGCGGCCCUGGGAACAGACUCUGAGCACCAACCAACACAUCCAGCCUUUCACUUCUCAGAAGAACAGUGAGACUGCCAGAGGAAAAAGGAAGAUUCAGACAGCAUCAUGACCCACAGGAUUGCUUGGAACAUUGUGGAGACCGCUCUCUUCUUCUUCUCUCUGUCCCCGGCAGCUCUCUGCCUCUGGCUUGAAUGCAUGGACAUCGGCACAUCUCCAAAACCAAGCAUGCAGCAGGAGCAGCAACCAUCACCUCAAUAUCAAUCAAUCAAUCAUCACUAGCAAUAGCCUAUCCCUUUUCUUUCUCUCCCACUUUCAAAGACAUGCCGUGUCAAUCAGGGACUGGACCAGGUAGAAGUUGUCACCCGUGUCCAAAAUGAAAAGAGCUGCUCUACUGCCCCGGAUCCAAACAAAAAAUGGAGAGACAUCUUCG